CUUUACAUUAAUAGAACGUGAAAAAAGAAAAAAGAAAAAAGAAAAGGCGCCCCUUGAUGCGUGGUCUCAUAACGACCUUUGGUCACUGUGGCGCUUAACCACUCACCGUCCUCGGCUUAACCGGUCGAUUCAUAGUUACGCUCUUUCCUAUGGGCUGCUGCAGUGCCGGUUCCCCGUGGCUAACCACGCCCAGUCUAAUCAGCAACGCCGCCACUCGCAGCUUUCGGCCUAUAUUCAGCUUAUGCUGUAUUAAGUUCCCUCGUAAUUACACCUCUUCGCCGACGGCUUCCUACAGCCGGCGGUGGUACAACCCUGAACGUCGCAGACAGCUCAGUCCAGCACCGGACAUUAUCCGCCAUUGGGUGGAAGGAGAUGCUCUUUCCACUGUUCCACCUCAAGCAGAAAGGUUUACCGUUGUUUCGUAUAACAUAUUGGGAGACAGGAAUAUUUCGAAACAUGGAGAUCUCUACAGAAAUGUUCCUUCGAAUUACUUAGAUUGGGACCAUCGCAAAAGAGUUAUUUGUGAAGAACUCCUCGGACUAAAUCCUGAUAUAAUUUGCCUACAAGAGGUGGACAAGUAUUAUGAUCUACUAAACGUUUUGGAGAAAGCUGGUUAUCUCGGCUCCUAUAAGAGGCGCACGGGCAGUUCUGUUGAUGGCUGUGCUAUGUUUUGGAAAGCUGAUAAGUUUCAGUUGUUAGAGGGUGAAAGCAUUGAAUAUAGGCAGUAUGGUCUCCAGGAUAAUGUCGCUCAGCUCUCUGUUUUUAAGAUGCGUGAAGCCCAGUCAAGGAGGCUAGUAGUUGGGAACAUUCAUGUGCUAUAUAAUCCAAGCCGUGGAGAUGUUAAGCUUGGUCAAAUUCGCUUUCUUUCAUCAAGGGCUCACAUACUUUCAGAAAAGUGGGACACUGCACCUAUUGUGCUUGCAGGUGAUUAUAACAGCACUCCGCAGAGUCCAAUCUACAAAUUCUUGUCAUCAUCUGAGCUCAAUCUCAUGCUACAUAACCGAAGAGAGUUAUCUGGUCAGAGACAAUGCCAUCCCUCUCAAGUUCUUGGUCUUAGAAGAGAAAAGGGGAUUUUGUUUGUUCUAAUGGACAGAUUCUUGAAUUCUAGCUGGAGCGAAGAGGAGAUGAAUGUUGCAACUGGCGCUCCUAAAUCUCACAUAGCUUUGCACCCUUUGAAGCUAAACAGUUCUUAUGCAAUGGUGAAGGGAUCUCAAACAACAAGGGGUGACAAUGGUGAACCACUAGCCACAUCUUACCACUCGAAGUUUCUGGGAACUGUCGAUUAUUUGUGGUAUUCUGAUGGUCUUGUAGCCACAAAAGUUUUAGAUACUUUACCAAUUAAUAUUUUGAAGGAAACAGGUGGUCUUCCCUUCAAGGNGAAAACGCUCUGA